AUGAUAUCUCGUGUGGCACGACGCGUACCCGUGCGUAUCGCACGUAAACAAGGAUCCAAUUCACUUCUUGGUCGUGUCUCGUUAAAGACAUGCCUGAAUGCCAUCUGCCUAGCCAGUCCGGAGCUUCUGCUCGACAAGAGCAACGACUAUAUUGUGUAUGCAGUCGACCCAGAAGAGUCUGCUCCUCGGCCCGUAUCGACCAUGUCGAGUCCAUCGAAAUGUGACAUGUCUCUGCAAGUGUUUGUCGGCAAAGGCUUCUUUAGCAAUGGGAUUGCAGAGCCUGGCGACGGUACGUCGUAUGUGACGGGACAAGUGCGUCUGGAGUCUCGGAACAGCUCGGCAUUUAGCUCUGAUGAAGAAGACACUCCAGGUACACAAGUGUUGGAGGUUGUGCUGCGCAUGAAAGAGGCAUCGCAGCGUGGACGUGAGCAAUACCAAAGUAGGAUGCGCGGGAUCGCAUCAUCAUCGACAUCGUUACACAUGCCGACGCCGGCGUCGGCCCCUGUGUCUAUAUCGGAAUCCUCGCUGACGCCCACAGUAGCGGCAGGCGUUCAUGAGCCUGACCUACAUGCCGUCGCCAUCGAUUCUGCACCGGAGUCCUCCGCCCCGACGCCCACGACGCAGGUCUUACAGGUAUUGCACGCAAUGCAGGCACACCAAGGCUCUCUUUCCCAAGAGCAAAAGUCGCAUUUAAUGGGGCUCUUGGGCAUGGUUGCCGGUGCCGUGCAGAGUGGCGCAUUGCCCGCACCGAAAGACACGACGCAGGCCAUCUCUUCAUCAGACACGCCGGGCGAUCGACAAAGUUGGCAUUCAACGCCGUCGCCAGGACCUGCUGCAGCGACGCCCUCAUGUGCACGAAAUGAAGUCAGAAAUACGCGCACAAGCCGGCCAGGCUUAGGCGACAUCCGGACUGAGCUACCGCGCAUCUGCUACAACUGUGGAACAACGCAGGCGACGACAUGGCGGAUCCUCACGCUGCCAUCAGGCAUUACCAUUAAUUAUCCUGCUAGUGAAAGGCCUCCGUCGGACGUUGUGCCACUUACCUGGACAUCAAAGCAUCCGAACAAAGGGCCGAUCCAAUCCAACUGUGAGGCUCGUUGGCAAGCUUGCAAUCCGUGCGGGCUCUACUUUGCUAAGUACGGCGUCGCAAGACCUGAGUAUGUGCGUAAUUUUGUCGCGCGCCCUGGCAAAGAAGACAAAAAGCGAGAUGUGGCACAUCCGUCUCCGCCUGUCCAAACAAAGCGCGCAGAGCGUGCAGAACGCGCUGAGCGAUCGAAGCGUGCCAAGGGAAUGCCUAUGAUGCCUUCGUCGCGCACGGGCUUUACGCGCACACUAAGUGCUGUUGCCAACCGUGAGGCUGAGCGGCUCCAAAAACAGCGUCGACACGACGAAAAUAUGCCUCCAUGGUCGAUACCCCUCGAAUCGACGUUGAAAAGCCCAACACAGAGCAGGUCUUCCCGGACGGGAACAAGCGAUACCACGGUCGAACGGCUUCCGGGAGGCAUGGAGUCAAGUCCUUGCACGGUGUUGCAAUCGCUCUUGUCUGAGACAGAGCCGUCGCGGACGUCUGUAGCGCCAGUAUUGCCGCCGCCACAGUCGCCAUGCAGGAAUGCAUCGACGCUCGAUGAUGCCCAGCUGCCUCCCAUGACGAGCCCUGUGCGCCGAAGUCCACGAAAGCAGCCGCCUGGCACUAUGGCGGAUGUGAACCCGUAUGCAACGAUGCUUCGUUCAGCGUCGUCACCAGUUUCAAAGAAAGUGGGCAGCAGUGCACAGAUUGCUGCUCCGCGAGAGGCGCUCACGUCACCCUCGGAUCGUGCAGCUCACAUGCUACCACCGGUGAAUCCUUUCAUGGGCCUCGCUAUGCUAGACGAUGAUAUUGACACAUUCGGAGGGCCUCCGAGCCCCAGUGCAGGUCGCACCUCGCGUGCCAAGCCUGCUCCGAAACGCGAAAUACGCACGCCAAGCCGACUUCCUAGAGAAGACUCGUGGCCGUCACACUUGCAUACUAGUCCAACGGCCUUGGGCCUAGCUGAGCCUCUUCCUCUUGCAGAGCAAAGCACGUUCAAGGAUCUGUUUGCCGAACAUACGCAUGACCACUGGCUCGGUGCAUGGAAUGCGCCAACGUCGUUGACACCUGCGCCGUCGACAGGUGCACUAAAAUUCGGCGCGCCUGAGCCUACGCCCGAGAACACAUUUCCCGUCAGCGCAUCUGCACAUGCGGGGGGUAAGCCGACAACCGAAUCGACGGCACUUGCAUCACCAACAGCAGACGACCAAGCAACAUCGCCCGCACCUGAAUCUGUACCGUUAUUGUCGGCAACGUCAUCCUCAUCGUCUCUUGUAAAACGACCGCCGCGACGACCGAUGCCUGCUACUGUGGAAGAUGCAUCAUCAUCCCAUUCAGGCUCGCCGCCUGCCACAUCGCCAGAUGUGGAUGACUCGCUAGUGGAUCUCAUUGAAGACCCAUACGGCUUGCUUUCUACAUGUGGCAUAGGCGUGCUGCAACCAGACCGGAUCGCGGAGGAGAACGACCAUACCCACAAUGAGCGCCAGGGGACUACUGGCCUGGUCUUGGGCCAUCCAGACAUAAGCGGAUGCAGUGUAGACGCAUUCCAAGGAAUUGAACUGUACAACGCACCAAGCUUUUCUCAGCAGCUGGAUGCAUUCACACAGAGUGGCCAUCUUGGCAUCGCCGCACACAUGAAUGCAGGUCAAGACAUGAGCACGGCGCUAACGACAGCUGAACCGCAGGUGUUCACGUUUGGUCAUCCAUCAUCAUCUACACAACCGGCCUCUUCACACGCGUCUGCGUUUGCGGGACAGACUGAGACGACAAACCUCGAAUCCUUGCUAGAUGAUCCCACUGUACAAGCCAUGCUACAUUCGUCCAACGCGGGACUGGCGCCUUCUCUUUCACAUAGUGCCGCUGCAGCGACAUCGGCGCCAACGACGCCAACAGCCAUCACAUCGUAG